AUGGCGAAACUAGGAAAUGAAAAGAUCACUUGGAUAUUGAGUGUGGUGUUCUGCUUCUUCUUGUCUUCGGUGCUUGCUAUGGCCAGCACUUGCGAUGGUGGAUUUGCUAAGGAACUUGAGGUUGAGAAGAUUUUGAAGAAGUUGAAUAAACCAGCUGUUAAGUCUAUUAAGAGCCCUGAUGGUGAUAUGAUUGACUGCGUUCAUAUUUUAAAACAACCAGCUUUUGAUAAUCCAGCACUGAAAAAUCACAAAAUUCAGAUGAGGCCCACAUUUCAUCCAAAAACAACCAAUUUUUCAAAAUCCAACCCAAUCGCUCAAACGUGGCACCAAAGUGGAAGUUGUCCAGAAGGAACCGUUCCUAUAAGAAGAACAACAAAAGAUGACAUACUGAAGGAAGAUUCUAUCCAACAAUUUAGUGUAAGAAGAUCAUUAUACUCUACAAAUGGCCACGAGUAUGCCGUAGCUGAUCUGAGUGGAGAUAGAUAUUAUGGAGCCCACGCAUCUAUAAACAUUUGGAAGCCACCUGUUCAAGAAUACAAUGAAUUCAGUCUCUCUCAAAUUUGGAUUUUGAAUCGUGAUGAUCCUAAUAAUGUUGAGAGCAUCGAAGCUGGUUGGCAGAUCUCUCGACAAAUAUAUGGGGAUGACAACCCUAGACUUUUUACAUUCUGGACUAAUGACUCAUAUCAGACUAGAUGUUAUAAUCUCAAUUGCCAGCCUGGCUUUGUUCAAGUUGAUAACAAAGUAGCGGUGAGAAGCAGCCUAGAACCAUCUAUCUAUGGUGGUUCUCAAAAUGAAUUAUCCAUCCUUAUCAGGAAGGAUCCAGAAACCGGAAACUGGUGGAUGCAAGUUGGGGAUACAUCUGUAGGAUACUGGCCAGGUUCUUUGUACAAUCGCAUGUCUGAGAGUGCAUCAAAUGUACAGUGGGGUGGUGAAAUAAUAAACCUGAGAUCUAAUGGGCAACACACCACAACAGGCAUGGGAAGUGGCUAUUUUCCUGAAGAAGUUUAUGGGAAGGCUAGCUUUUUCAAGGAGCUUUCUAUUGUUGAUGCAAAUGAUAAUCUUGUCUCUCCUAAAAACUUUGGCAUUAUCGUUACCAAUCCCUAUUGCUACAAUAUUACCGCUUAUGACUAUUCAAAUGACUCGGGUGUCUACUUCUACUAUGGCGGUCCUGGGAGAAACCCAAAUUGUCCUUAGCCCUUAUGAUUGGGUGGCAAGUCUUGAUAAGGACUUUAUUUAAAACAGUAUGAGGACUUUAUUUAAAAAGUCCCAAACUAUCUAUUUACAUCAAGGAAAUAAAGGAUUUGUGAUAUGGGUAGAAUUCCCUAACCUGAUGGGAUACUGUAUAACAUAAGGCUUGAUAAAACAAGUCUUAAUAAGAUCGAAAUAUUAUGUAUUGUGAUAUUAUGAAUGUUAUCUUGUA